AUCCCUUGUAGCGCCGCUCGUUUGACUCAUCUGCCACUUAAAAAGACAAAAGCGCGCUGGGGGUUGUUCACACCUCACGUCCCUGGUCAGGUAUAAAAAGAGCCGCAGACUCUCCAAGCGUCAUUCCACUCCACUCUUCAGAAGGUUGAGAAACAUCUCUGCAGCGGAUAACUUUUAAUUAGAUAUUUUGGUGUUUUUUCACUUUUCCUACACCGAAGCCAUGCAGAUGCCUGGACGAGUUUAUGAAACCUAUGGUCAAUCGAUGCGUGCACACGCAGCUUUUCAUCCGGACUAUGCCAGUAACGCGUGCCUGUCCACUUCAUCAAAACCGACUACAGGAAAAUCCUUUACAAUCGAUGCACUGCUGGCAAGGCCUGACCAUACGGAGAGAGACAGGACAAGUCUCCAUCGGAACAUAUUUAAUCAACCGCCAGUCUCGAGCACUGCGGUCCCAUUUGCGGCACAAGUGUUCUCGCAAAUUCCACACUUUGCAUAUAACCAGGGUAUUAUGCAUACGCAGCCUGGGUAUCCCGUCUUCUGCUACCCGCCUUACAACUACCAGACAACAUGUCGUGGAGCUGUGUACGCACAAGAUGCAGUACUGGCAAAAGCAGGAGUCCACUCUCACUAUAAACACAAAGCAGGAAAAUCCAAAAGAAUGCGCACAAGUUUUACUAACGAACAGCUGUCCAGAUUGGAGAAAGAAUUUGCGCGCCAGCAGUAUAUGGUUGGCUCAGAGCGUUUCCUCCUGGCGUCUGCUCUCCAGCUCACCGAAGCACAGGUCAAAGUUUGGUUCCAGAACAGACGCAUAAAGUGGAGAAAACAGAGUCUUGAGCAGCAGCAAGCCAAACUAGCAAAACUUGGACUGGCGGUGCAGCCCAAAAGCCCUGGAUCUCAGGGCAGAGAGGACGAGGAGAGAGAUUUCACAGAAGAGUCUGAUGUAGACAUUGACAUCGACGAUUCACUUCAAGACUAAUCACAGUUACUUUUAUACAGUGUGAUUUGUACAUAUUUGAUUUUCUCUAGAUGAA